AUGCUUCAUACACAAUGGUCAACUACGGAGCAUCUCGAGCUUGCCAGACGUUGCGACGAGUCUCGGCCAUCGUGCAAGCGAUGUCUGAAGUCAAAACGAACCUGUCCCGGUUAUGACGAGCCUAGUUCGAGUUUCCAUUUCCGCCAUUAUGUCCCGGUGAAUCAUGUCCACGACGACCCUGACAUUCCACCAGCGGACUCACGUCGCGCCAGUGGUCAAGGAGAUUCUGUAAGGAGAAAGACCGCAGCAGUCCCUUCAGACUUCGAAAGUGCUCAACUUGAAGAUGACGCCCUGGACACGUUUUUGCUCGAAUACUGCGUCGAGUCCAAUGACAAAUCGAUAUCGCGGGGAUUCCUGGAUGGCCUGGAGUCAUUGAUCACGACUGCAGGGCGCUCGUCUGAUCUUGCUCACGCGGCCAGAAUCGUGGCCCUCGCCGGCAUCGGCAACCGACGUCGCGAUCACAAUCUUGUGCAUAGAACGCGACAACGAUAUGGCGACCUGCUCUUAUCGUUUCGCCAGACUCUGGCCGACCUUGAGACGGCCAGCACUAUAGAGUCGUUGAUGACUGCUGUCCUACUGGGCAUCUAUGAGAUUGUUGCGGCGGAUUUGGCAAAUCACCAAACACAGCACACGACCCACGUUGCCGGCGUUGCGGCGAUCUUGUCAGCGCAAAAUUCCCCCUUCGAUCUGCCGGGCGGACUCGAACUCUUCCAACUCCAUAACCCGAUCAUGCUGACACGACCUCUACAACAAAGAAAUAAUGGUGGGGUACUUUGUGCUGCAAUAUCAAGCCCCUGGGUUCAAAGCCUGGAUGCGCUGCUCGUCCAAUUCAACCCAAUAUCCAACAAUGCAAGAGCACUAUUCGAUCAAGUGUCCGUGCCUACGCAGGACGAGGUACUUCAGGUCCUCGAGAAAGCAGUCCAGCUGGAAAGGGAAUUUGCAGCAUGGGCUGCGAGUCAGCCAGAAAAAUGGACACCCAUCACGAUCGAUUUGUCUAGAUUGUCUGAGGAUGAUUGCGGCCAUCCCGGGAAGGUCGACAUUUACUUCGACCUAUACGUCGCGGCCGUCUGGAAUACGUACCGUAAGACGCGUCUGUUGAUGCUCGAUGUCAUCUUCCGGUGCAGGAGUUUAAUCGGUCGUGACGGGGCCUCUGGAAACCAAGAAACCGAGGAAGCUCAAAUAUUGGCCCUAGAUAUUAUAGCCUCCAUUCCCUACCAUCUCAGCUCUGACCCUGAACGGUUUGUGCGAGAGAGAGAAAAGAGUCUCUCAGAAGUCGCCCCUGGUACCAAGACUGCCGGUGGACUGCUGUUGCUGCAUCCAAUGUGGGUUGUUACAGUUUCGUCGGUGGUGUCCUCCGAAUUACGUUCGUCCGCGAGGGAUUGUCUGGCCUGGAUUGGCAGACAUAUGGGCAUCAAUCAGGCCACAAUGCUUUCUCGUGUGAGUGUUCUGAAGAAGCCAAACUUUGUUUGA